GUGCUGGAGAGGAUCGAGCUGGAGAGGGGGCAGGUGGCACAUUUACCUUCUUUUACAUGGUCACAGAGCACGCAAGCGAGUGCAGUUGAGCAGCAAGCACCGCAGUAUCAAGGACAAGAGGUGUUUUUUGGGCGCCGCGCAGCCAUCAUGUUGGAGCUGUUUCUGCUCGUCGUGGUGGGCGUUGCGCUCUACUACUGGCUUCGUGGACAGCGCGGAAGCGCGGCAGCCGGGGAUGCCAAGUAUGCACGCUUCUACGACCGCUACAACUCACUCGAUGAGGUGACCCAAGCGCUGCGCACAGCUGGUCUCGAGAGCUGCAACCUCAUCAUCGGCGUUGACUUUACCAAAAGCAACCUCACCCAGGGGGCUGGGACAUUCCAUGGGUUGAGCCUACACCACAUGGAUCAAAGACGCGAGAAUCCGUAUCAAACAGCCAUUCGCGUGCUGGGGUCGACGCUGGCCAGUUUCGACGACGACAACUUGAUCCCAGCAUACGGAUUCGGGGACAUUACCACGCGAGAUCUGAGCUGCUUCAGCUUCUUUCCAGAUCGAGCCUGCGAAGGGUUUGGCGAGGUCCUGACGCGAUACUCGGAGCUGGUGCAUUCGGUCCGGCUCAGUGGGCCGACCAACUUUGCCCCCAUCAUUGGCGAGGCCAUUCGGAUUGUCAAGCAGACAAGGGGGUUUCACAUUCUGGUCAUCAUCGCUGAUGGUCAAGUCAUCUCUAAACGUCAAACCAUCGACGCCAUCGUCGAAGCCAGCAAUUAUCCUCUAUCCAUCCUCUUGGUUGGGGUAGGCGAUGGUCCUUGGGACGAUAUGCAGCGAUUUGAUGAUGAACUACCAGAGCGCCGUUUUGACAACUUUCAGUUUGUGAAUUUUCACAAGGUCAUGACGCAGUCGCGGCAUCCAGACGUGGCCUUUGCUCUGGCGGCAUUGAUGGAGAUACCGCAACAGUUCCAGGCCAUACGUGACCUUGAGCUCAUUUAAAUUUUUUUAAUCUGGCAGACCCAUCACAGCAACAUUUGUUGUGGUCGUUGUCCCGAUCGCUUUGAUGAGCUUGUGCUGAUUCAUGUAAUGGCUGUCCAUGUUUAUAUGUUAAUGUCAGUUUGGAUCAAUUGAUUGCAAAAG